AUGGAUUGCUCCAGAAAGAUUACCGGAAGCGUUACGAGGAAUUCUUUAACUGGGGUGAAAAUAGCUACAAGAGGGAAAAAUACUAUCAAAGAUAGCUCUUGUUACAAACUUGAAACUUACCAUGACACGUACAGAUAUCGAAAGGCGUUACUGAAGGUGUUCAUUGCCAAAAAGAAGUCGGAAAACUUCAAAUUAACCCAUACAACGAUACCACAGUUUUUUCGCGAGCUUGAAGGUUAUACAUACGCAGAAGAGGCUGCAGAUAAACGCAAGGAAAGUGAAAGCGGACCUUCUCUUGUUAAUGUUUUUGGGAAGGAUGAUUUCAAGGUAGAGGGUGUUGUUAUCCGAAAGACAAACCGGGAAGCAUGGAUUUUGGUGAAUAAAACCUGCAUGUUUAAUGGAAAGGAGUAUGAAAAAGUCGAGCUUCUUCUCGACCUUGAAACGUUUGGCGCAGAUGAUGUCAGCAGAGCAUUUCUUAAAGUGGGUGACAUUCUUGAGAUUGCAAAAGGUCCCAAAGAAACCGAAAUAGCUCUGGAGCCAGAAAUUAUUUGGUAG